CAACGGCCAAAGGCUGACAGUUUGGGACUUGUUUGCCCAGAGAGGACUUUCUCCAAAAAGUUGACAAGACUCGUCCUUUCAGUUGUAGCAGUCCCAGGCUAAAUCUGAACAAUGGGUCCAAAACUCAAGAAAGAAAAGCCAGAUAGCAAAGCCAAGUUAGCGAAACAGAAGGUAACUUAUGAAGAAGCAGUUCCAGUUUCUAUGGAAAGUGUUGGUCACCCGGAGAUUUUUCCUCUGGUACUUACCACCAAGACCCAGGAAAUAUUUAGCUGCCGAGCUGAAGAAGAUGUCACAGAAGAGCACCCCAAUAAACUUAUCAAAAAAGAAGAUAUCAUCCAAGACUUGAGGAACAGAGCUGGAAUAUCUGAUUUCCACCCCGUCAAAAAAAUUGUGAUGGAAUAUCCCGGAGAAGAACUUUUGGUUGUUUACGAUAAAGAGUUCAAAUAUGGACAGAGCUUUUAUCUUAUUGGAACAGAAGAGGCCAAGGAAAGCAUUCUAAAUCCUCCAGUAGAGCAGGAGGAUACUGAAGAGGUCAAAGAAAGUGUCGAAGAAGUUUAUGUGUACAAACCACCUAUUCCUAAGCCUUGGGUUUCUUUGGGAAGUGAGAAAGAAAUUGAAGAAGAAUCCGUUCAGGAAUCCACUGUCAGGGCCAAGUAUAAGAUUUCUCGUAAACGGAGACAAUUUGGUGCGCCCAUCAAAUUUGGUGAUCUUAAUGCUUCAAGUGUGAAAGAGAACUACAUUGAAUGUACAGCAUACGUAGAUAAAAACUACACAAUCAAGCAGCUUGAGAAAGACAUUGGUAUACAAAUGAUACCAGUAUUAAAGGAUGAACACACUCAGACCCAAUGGAAAUAUCCCAGAAAUGCUGCUAUACAAUAUGUGCCUAGAGAAUUCUCAAAAGAGGAAAGAAAUAACCUUCUACAGUCUAAGGAUCUGCAAGAUUUUCUUAACUCUGUGUCCUUGAGUGUUGAAGUGGCAUUGCAACAAAAUGAAAUCAUGAAUGUAUUUAUCGAUGACUGGAAGGCACUUGCUGAGGAAGAAACCACUUUUGGUGACAAGACAGAUUCCCACCUUAAAGAAUAUCAGUCUUUUACAGACCUUCACAAUAUAAAGGAAAAAACCAUUACUUGCAUCUGUUGGCAUCCCACGAUUUAUGGGCUAAUAGCAGUGUCAAUAGCAGAACGACUCAGUUAUGAAGACAGAGUUCAAUUUUCGGGCAGAUUACUUUUGCAACCAUCCCUGAUUCUUUUUUGGAGUUUCUCUGACCCUAUACAUCCUCAGCUGAUGCUGCAAAGCCCAGAGGACAUCAUCUGCUUCCAGUUCUGUCCCAGUAACCCGAAUAUAAUUGCUGGAGGCUGUAUAAAUGGACAGAUAGUCUUAUGGGACAUCAGUGCGUAUGCUGAGCGCAUAGUAAAUAUCAAAGGCUCUGGCGGUGCUAGUAAGAAAGCUGUACUUAAGCCUAUAUUUUUACUGGAACCAGACAGUAAUAAGGAGUCACUAUAUGUAAGGCACGCUGCUGUAUCAUCCAUAGAACAUGGACAUAAGAAAAUAAUCACAGAUAUACACUGGCUGGCCGACAAUUUUGAGCUCAACAGAAUGGGAUAUGUUUUUGAGAAUCGAAGUGGAAUAUCUUGUCAGCUUGUGACAUGUUCGAUAGACUGUACAAUAUACUUCUGGGAUAUCAGGCCAACAAGACCUCCACCAACACCGGUGGAUAAAAAGAAAGAAGAGACUGUCGAGGUUCCUCAUGACGUGCCCCCCACUUUUCUACAUUUAGAUCUCACUUGGAGGCCUCUUAUUAAGAUAACAUUGGCUAAAAAUGGCACGACUUUAGACCACUGUCCAGUCAAAGUCAGCUUGAGAGAUGACUACCUUCAUUAUCAAGCUCAAGUUCUGAAAGAUAACCAGACACUGCAGCAGAAAGCCCAGAUUGCAGGAGAGGAUGCCUACCAAAACCUGGAAUCUGGUUUGACCAAAAUCCUGAAGCCAAUGGAAGAUUAUAACACAAAGUUCUUUGUUGGAACAGAGGAUGGGGAAGUGAUAUACACAGAUUGGAGGAUGGAAAGAGAUCAUGAUUCUGGAAGAUUAACAAGUCAGAAGCCGUUGAACCGAUACUUGGUCCAUGAUGGAAGCAUUCACACAGUUCAGAGAUCACCUUUUUACAACGACAUUGUCCUCACUAUUGGGGGCUGGAAUGUGGCCAUAUGGAAAGAAGGUGUUCCUCAAGGACCACUCCUGCAGUCUAGCUGUUCCUCAAAGAGGUACACCGCUGGACACUGGUCCCUGACCAGGGCAGGAGUCUUCUUUGUCGGCAAAGAAGACGGAUACAUUGAUAUCUGGGACCUGCUGGAGAAAACUCACGAACCCGCCCAGACUCAAAACAUAUGCAUAACGUCGAUCACAUACAUCACACCCUGGAUGAUUGCCUCAAAGCAGCAAUUUGUAGCCAUAGCUGAUAAUUAUGGAACGCUGCAUAUAUUAGAAAUUCCAUGGACAUUAAGUCAUCCUUCGGCCAAUGAGGUACAAAGUGUAAACAAUUACUUCGAUAGAGAGGUCAGUCACCUGAGAUAUACAGAAAAACGCAAAGAAAUCCGAGAGAAGGAAAGAGCAGAAAUGCAGCUGGAAUCAGAGAGAAAGAAAGUUAAAGUUUUUCAAAAGUCAAGAGAACAGUUGGAAGCUGAGCUGAAGAUAAGCUAUGAAGAAUAUCUAGAUCUGGAAAAGCAAAUACUUGGAAACCUCGGGGUGGUCCCAGACACAGACAGAAUACCGUCCUCAUUCAGAGACCUCCUCCUUUAGGUGACCAAUUCCUGGGCUACUUUUCUGAAGAUUUUUCUUCUUUCUUAGUAAUGACUUGUUUCUGUGCCUGUUUGCCAAGCAUAAGUUGUACAUAAGAUGAGGAGGAAACAAAAAUAAGGUUUGUAAUU